AUGUUGAGAAGCCUCAGAAAUUUCUCCACUUCCCGUGUGGCCAGGCAAGUCAUUGGAUCUGCGAAAGGUGAAACCGUCAACUCCACAAAGUACUUGGGUCAAAAAUAUCAUGUAAUUGACCACGAAUACGACUGUGUGGUUGUCGGUGCUGGUGGAGCUGGACUUAGAGCCGCUUUCGGUUUGGCAGAGGCUGGUUUCAAGACUGCCUGUGUUACCAAGUUGUUUCCAACCAGAUCCCACACUGUUGCCGCUCAGGGUGGUAUUAACGCUGCUCUUGGAAAUAUGCACAAGGACGACUGGCACUGGCACAUGUACGACACUGUCAAGGGUUCCGAUUGGUUGGGUGACCAGGAUGCUAUUCAUUAUAUGACUAAGGAGGCUCCAGAUUCGAUUUACGAAUUGGAGAACUACGGUGUCCCAUUCAGUAGAAACGAAGAAGGUAGAAUAUACCAGAGAGCUUUCGGUGGUCAGUCUAAGGAGUAUGGUAAGGGUGGUCAGGCUUACAGAACGUGUGCUGUGGCUGACAGAACCGGUCAUGCGUUGUUGCACUCCUUGUACGGUCAGUCUUUGAGACACGACACCCACUUUUUCAUCGAGUUCUUCGCUAUGGACUUGUUGAUGGAAAACGGAGAGUGUGUGGGUAUCAUCGCUUACAACCAGGAAGAUGGUACUUUGCACAGAUUCAGAGCUCACAAGACUGUGCUUGCCACUGGUGGUUAUGGUAGAGCCUACUUCUCUUGUACUUCCGCUCACACCUGUACUGGUGAUGGUUACGCUAUGGCUUCUAGAGCAGGUUUGCCAUUGGAGGACUUGGAGUUCGUCCAGUUCCAUCCAUCUGGUAUUUACGGUUCUGGAUGUUUGAUUACUGAGGGUGCCAGAGGUGAGGGUGGUUACUUGUUGAACUCGGAAGGUGAACGUUUCAUGGAGCGUUAUGCUCCUCAUGCCAAGGACUUGGCCUCCAGAGAUGUUGUCUCCAGAGCCAUUACCAUGGAAAUCAACGAGGGAAGAGGUGUUGGUCCAGAGAAGGAUCACAUGUACUUGCAGUUGUCUCACAUUCCGGCUGACGUUUUGAAGGCUAGAUUGCCAGGUAUUUCGGAAACCGCUCACAUUUUUGCCGGUGUUGAUGUCACCAAGGAGCCAAUUCCAAUUUUGCCAACUGUGCACUACAAUAUGGGUGGUAUUCCAACCAAGUACACUGGUGAGGUUUUGAAGAAGAACGAGAAGGGCGAGGACGAGAUUGUUCCAGGUUUGUUGGCCUGUGGUGAGGUUGCUUGUGCUUCCGUUCACGGUGCUAACAGAUUGGGUGCCAACUCUUUGUUGGACUUGGUUGUUUUUGGUAGAGCUGUUUCCCACACUAUCAGAGACUCUUUGACCCCAGGUACUCCACUUAAGCCAGUGUCUAAGGACCUUGGCUUGGAAUCUAUUGCUAACUUUGACAAAUUGAGAAAUGCCAACGGUAGCAAGCCAACUGCUGAUAUCAGAUUGGCUAUGCAGAAGACCAUGCAGAAGGGAUGUGCUGUCUUCAGAAUUCAGGAGACUUUGGACGAGUGUGUCAGAGACAUCACUAAGGUUGACGAGUCCUUCAAGGAUGUAAAAACCACUGACCGUUCUAUGAUUUGGAACUCUGACUUGGUCGAGACUUUGGAGUUGCAAAAUUUGUUGACUUGUGCCACUCAAACUGCUGCUUCUGCUGCUGCCAGACCUGAGUCUAGAGGUGCUCACGCUAGAGAUGACUUCCCAGACAGAAAUGAUGCCGAAUGGAUGAAGCAUACUUUGUCGUACCAGAAGGAAUUCGGUGCUCCGGUUACUUUGGAUUACAGAAACGUCAUUUCUCACACUUUGGAUGAGAAUGACUGUAAGCCAGUUCCUCCAGCAAAGCGUGUGUAUUAA